AGACCACUCUCUUUGCCUUCUAGCAUCCUAGCCAUUGCUUUUCUACCUGCUCUGUAGAAAAGGGAAGAUGAGUGAGUCGAGCUCGAAGUCCAGCCAGCCCUUGGCCUCCAAGCAGGAGAAGGACGGCACUGAGAAACGAGGGCGAGGCAGGCCGCGCAAGCAGCCUCCGGUGAGUCCCGGGACGGCGCUGGUAGGGAGUCAGAAGGAGCCCAGUGAAGUGCCGACACCUAAGAGACCUCGGGGCCGACCAAAGGGGAGCAAAAACAAGGGUGCUGCCAAGACCCGGAAAACCACAACAACUCCAGGGAGGAAACCAAGGGGCAGACCCAAAAAACUGGAGAAGGAGGAAGAAGAGGGCAUCUCGCAGGAGUCCUCGGAGGAGGAGCAGUGAGCAGUGACCGCGCCGUGCCGCCUGCUCCCUCACCCAGGAGCAGUUUCCUUCUGGGACUGGACAGCUCCGCUCCCACCGCCCCCACCCUAGGCCCACGCAUCACCACCCCUCCCUGCCGCCACCCACCUGCACCCUCACCACCACACACUACACAGCACACCAGCCGCCGCGGGGCCCCUAAGGCCGGAGUGGGGAGCAGUUCCCUUUGGGCUCAGUUCCCAGCAAGCCCUCUCGCCUGCACACACACUUGCCCUCCUGGACAAAGCUGACUUGCCACUUAGCUGCAACCUGCACCUGCUGCCUCCCUGCUCUCAGCGGUGGGGACAUUGCUGUCUGGGCUCUUGGUUUGGGAAUCCCUCCUGCUCCCCCACUCUUCCUUCUGGUUUCCCGUUCAGGGGCCUAGGUGGGCCCCGCUGGCCUUAAGGGGCCCAAGCCCCAUCUCAUUCUAAGGCCCCACUCCACUGUACUGGCAGGCGUGGCCAGUGGGGUGGGCUGCUUGGCCAAGAUGCUCCCAGCAUCCCAACCUGUGUUACUCACCAGGUGUGGCUCACACCCACUUUUCUUCCUUCACCUUAACCAGUCUCCGUAUCAGGUUGAGCAGUUCCCCUUGGGGUACUGGAAGGAAGGGAGGAGGGGUCUGAGCCCCCUAGCCCCCCCCAUCUGCUCUCUCUAGGCCUCAGUUUCCCCUUUCCUCACACGGGGCACUAAUAACAAGGAGCUAGCCUUGCCCACUCCCACCCUCCUGCUCCUCCCCAGCCCCCAAGGUUCUGGUUCCAUCUUUCCUCUGUUCACAAACUACCUCUGGACAGUUGUGUUGUUUUUUGUUCAAUGUUCCAUUCUUAGACAUCUGUCAUUGCUGCUGCUAUCAGCGCCAAGUGCUCAUCCUCAUUGCCUCCUGUUCCGCCCACACCCCUCCUCCAAGAUGUUCUUAGGGGAAGGGGCCUGGGGCAAAGCAGGCCGACCACCCCAGUUCCAGGGAAGGUGGGGCUCUGCCCCUAGGAUGCUGCAGCAGAGCGAGGGGGGCUGUGUUGACUGUCGGGUGUAGGGGCCACCUUCUCCCCCUGUUCUGUUGGGGAGGAGGUAGCCGUUAUUUGUCCCAGCCUGGGGCCCCCCUCUGGUUUCCUAUUUGCAGUUACUUGAAUAAAAAAAAAAUAUCCUUU